CGGCGCUGAUGGUGGGGCAGGAGAGAAUGGAGAAAAAAGGGGGGGGGGGGGGGGGCAUUUAUAGGAGUGCCACCGUGUGGUGCGCGGCUGUCGCUCUCGGAGGUGGACACGAUGAACUUCCAGCAAUCUGUGGCUCUCCUGCUCGUCCUUGCGCAGUCCAUAGUGAUGGGCAGCGCACGGACAAUGACGGAGGAGGAGCGCGACGAGUGUUUCGAGCAGAAUCCUUUUGAUCGCAGAGAUGACAUUCGAAGCUUUGUCGCACGGAAAGACGUUUCACGUGGAAUGAAGUGCUUCUUUUCGUGUGUGCUCCAAGCGCAACAAGUUUUGACACCAGAAGGAGAUAUUACUGAGACCGCUCCUAGGGAGGUGACACCGCUAUGGGGAGAGAAAAUGCCUCAAUUGACUAAAACAUCGCUUUCGUGCUUCCAAAAAGAUAAAAUCGUUGCCGGCGAUCUUUGUGAAACUGCCUACAAAAUAACAAGAUGCUUAUUUGCCGUUCAACAGUCUAUAUCUACAAACAACAACUUGUCUUCCUAAACGAAAAUGUGUACUCAGAGACUGUGUUUUGUUAAACCCGUUUACAAUGGAAAUACAUUUUUACUUUUUUUUUCUCUA